UGUGCGCACUCACAGUCACAGCAAAUCUCCACACACAGACACACACAUCUCAGUGUUUUGACUUGAGAGGGACCUUAUUCAGGAAGACAAACUGGAUGUGGAAGACAGAGCAUGAGUCAGCAUUCAUUUCCCUCAUUUCCAAGGAAUCGAUGGAUUCUUUGAUUACCGUGAGAUUCAGUUAGUAAUAUGUGCAAUUUACACUGGUGGAUUGCCCUGGCAAAAAAAUUUUCUUCCUUUCUCAUCUGUUCUGUCCGGUUUUGUUUUCUUUAUUCAUUGUGCCCUAUGAAGAGAAUUAACUAUCCCUCCUUCCAAUCCUUUUGAAAAAGGGGGGCAGAAAAAAAAACAGGGAGAUGAGAGCAGCAAAUCCCUUUUUCAUUCCUCUUGUAGUGCUCAAUAAGAGAAGAAUGUGUCGCCUAUCACUCACGGAGGGGAUCAAGUCUUCGGGACUGUCCCACGCGCUCAAUGCGCUGCUGUGCAGAGCAGAGAUAGACAGAGAGAGCACGUGAAGAGAACAGCAGCAGCAGCGUCCAGCAGCCUAGACUGAAAAGACACUACAUAGGAGGACUCAUUUAGCAACCUGUUUCCUCUGUCUGACAGUCUCCUCACCAGAUUCAUUUCAGGCAAUUGCUAUAAGACAAGGCUCCUCGUUGCUUUUUCACCUCUAAAGUCCCUCUCUUUGGAAUGUGGUGUGACACAAUGAGGAUCCUCGCACUGCUUCUGGGGGUGAAAGCCGCGUGCAUCCUGCUGGUUUCCUCGCUCUCAGGCACGGUAGCAGUCAACAAUAGCGGCCGGUGGUGGGGGAUUGUGAAUGUGGCCUCCUCUGCCAACCUCCUCACCAACUCCAAGAACGUCCAGUUGGUCCUGGACCCUAGCUUGGCCCUGCUGAGCCGUCGCCAGCGCCGCCUCAUCCGCCAGAACCCGGGGAUCCUCCACGCUAUCGCAGCCGGCCUGCAUACUGCCAUCCAGGAGUGCAAAUGGCAGUUCAGGAACCGCCGCUGGAACUGCCCGACCACCCACAGCCCGGCAAUAUUUGGCAAAAUCGUCAACCGUGGUUGCCGAGAGACGGCGUUUGUGUUUGCGAUCACGAGUGCGGGGGUGACCCAUGCGGUGGCCCGCUCCUGCUCUGAGGGGGCCAUUGAGUCCUGCACCUGUGACUACCGUCGCCGGGGGCCUGGGGGCCCUGACUGGCACUGGGGCGGCUGCAGCGACAACGUGGACUUUGGCCGGAUGUUCAGCCGGGAGUUUGUGGACUCCAGCGAGAGAGGAAGGGAUCUCCGAUACCUCAACAACCUACACAACAACGAGGCAGGGAGAAUGACAGUGUCGUCAGAGAUGCGACAGGAGUGUAAAUGCCAUGGCAUGUCAGGAUCAUGCGUCGUGCGUACCUGCUGGAUGCGUCUACCCAGCUUCCGCGCCGUGGGGGACUUCCUGAAGGACCGCUUCGACGGAGCCUCCCGGGUCGUCUACGCCAACAAGGGCUCCAACCGCGCCUCUCACCGCGCCGACCCACGCCAUCUCGAACCCGAGAACCCCGCCCACAAACCCCCAUCGUCCAGAGACCUGGUCUACUUCGAGAAGUCGCCCAACUUCUGCUCCUACAACGGCAAGACGGGUACCCACGGUACCUCUGGGAGGAACUGUAACAGCUCGUCUCCGGCGCUGGACGGGUGUGAGCUCCUGUGUUGCGGUAGAGGGUUCAAGACCCAGACUGAGAAGGUCACUGAGAGGUGUCACUGUACGUUCCACUGGUGCUGCCAUGUCAGCUGCCUCAACUGCACCAGCACACAGACGUUACACCAGUGCCUCUGAUCAGGGGUGAACCAGGAGGACAGGGAUGGGGAGGUGAAGAUGAGCUGGUUCUUUGGGCAGGUGGUGUGUAGAUAGAGGAAUAGGGUUCUGUGGGUUGGCGUGGUAGAUAGGGGAAGGGCUAACUCUAUAAAGGGGCAAUUGGAGGGUGAAAAAAAGUGAAUACCGGGAGUACUAGAUUUGAAUCAAAGUACUAGAUUUGAAUCAAAGUACUAGAUUUGAAUCAAAGUACUAGAUUUGAAUCAAAGCACUAGAUUUGAAUCAAUGUUUUUGAGGAAGAAAGAAGAGAGAAAAGCACAACUAUGACUACAGGGUGUAGAAAGAGGGCGGGUGUGUUGUGUGUGAACAUGUGUGCUUACGUGUGCUUGCUACUGACACUGUGGUAACGUGAGAGUAUGUAAGUGUGCUUACUGGGUAUUUAAAAUGUUGUAGCUAUCCAACCAUGUAGAAUGGAAUGGAAACCAAUCCUCUCUAUGGCUUCCCAGCACGAGUAACAAGACCAGAGGCAGCUUAGGUAAAAGGAAGUAGUUAAACAGGAAAUAGAAUUGUGGCAAGGAAUAAGCAAACAAAAUUAGUCAGAGAGACGCUGGGAUUUAAGGCUUUUGCCCUCUCUGACCUUACAAGAUACAGUUAGUCUCUCUGUUCUCUCCACCUCUUCCCUCUACAGCAAGAGAUAGGAGUGUGGGUAGUGGAGAGAGGAGUGAUGGGAGAGGAGGAGAGAGAAGUGAGGGGAGAGGAGGAGAGAGAAGUGAGGGGAGAGGAGGGGAGAUGCGAGGAGGGGACAGGAGUAACAGUUACCGGGCAAUGUCAGACAGAUGUCUCUGUGGCGGGAAAAACACAAGCAUGGUCUCUCAUAAACCGGUGAAGAACUUUAACAAGAGGGUGGUUAUUUUAAACAUCACAGUCCC